AUGGCCAUCCACGGUUUGGUCUACGAUGUUUCCAAAUUCAUGCCUGAUCAUCCAGGAGGCGCGCAUCUCCUGCAGGAUGUUGCUGGUAAAGAUGCUUCAGGAGAGUUUGAGGAUGCCCUGCAUUCGGAGCAAGCUCGCAGCGAGGAGGCAAUAGUCCUGAAAGGAAUGCUGGCAGGCUGUGAGCAGCAAGCCGAAAGCUCGGCUUCCCCUUGA